AUGGACGUAGAAGAGAGUGCAGGGCAGGGAGGGGGCGGCACUAGAAAGAGAGCAACAGAAGAUGGGAAUGUAGGAGGAGGAGGUGUGGAAGUUUUGGUGGUACCUCCGGACCUGUAUGACUCUGCGAGAGCCAAAAUAGAAGCAAAUCUCCGCUGGCUGCUGGCUAAAGCUUAUGGAAUUGCUGACCACAUCCCAAAGGACCUGCAAAACCCCUUCUACACUGACCAAUAUGAGCAGGAGCACAUUAAGCCACCCGUCAUUCACCUGCUGCUGUCUGGAGAGAUUUACUGUUGGGUGUGUGGACUCAUCCUCCACGUCGAGCAAGCCACCUCGCUCCAAAGCCAUCAGUCUGUGCUCCUGGCUCUGUCCGCCAGGGGCAUCCACGUGCGAGACUUGGACGACAUUCCUGUCUCCGCUCUGGAUCUCAGCUCUACCCCCGUUAAGAUGAGCUGCCACAUGCACUUGAUUGAUGCCCUCAUGAUGGCCUGCAUGUUGGAAAUGAUCAGUGUGGAGAAGGUGGUGUCCAGUGUCAAACGAUUCUCCAACUUUAGUGCCUCAAAGGAGCGUCCAAUGGACCUAGAAGACGCCAUGGUCCUUUGGCUUAACAAAGUGAAUACUAAGAUGAGUGCUAUCUCUGAAAAAGAGAUGAAGAUGAAGCAGCAGCAGAUGUUAGACUCACCAAGCCAUCAGAAGGUACGCUAUCGCAGGGAUUACCUCUCUGGUCGGACACUUCAGCACUUCUCCCUGAUAGAGGACCUGUGCAAAGAUGUGUGCGAUGGCGCUGCUCUUCUGGCACUAAUCCAUUUCUAUUGCCCUGAACUCAUUAGACUUGAAGAUAUCUGCCUGAAGGAUGUCGCCUCCAUUGCUGACAGCAUGUACAACAUCCAGCUCCUGAUAAAAUUUUCCAAUAAAUACUUGAACAAGUGCUUUUAUCUAAAGCCCGAAGACAUACUGUAUUGUCCUCCAGUGUUAAGGAAUAAUGUGAUGGUGUUCAUCGCUGAGCUCUUUUGGUGGUUUGAGAUUGUGAAGCCUGAUUUUGUACAGCCGAGGGACCUAAAGGAAAACAGAGAUGCGAAGUUACUUCUGCAGUCUAACACCUCUCGAUCUCACACACCCAUCAAUGUCACCAAACGUAGUUUCCCAACUACAUCAAGUGCUGCUGAUAUAUUGACCACACCUUCAAUCCUGGACUUUAGCGGCACUGUACCAAGUACUUCCAGCUCUCCUCACUCUUUAGUGCCUCGAAGACAGAUACGGCUGAGGGGACUUGAGGACGAUGCCUCAGUGAGGAAUCAGUGUAGCUCUCUGGCACGUAAAGAAGAAAAGCGUCAAGGUCUGUCACAGAUCUGUCCAGACCGGAGGCAAAGGCAUAUACCCCAGCCGGCACCAUAUGCCUUGGAUUUCCUAAAUAAGGAGGACGGCACAGACAAUGAUAGUCUGGUUCUCUCCGUCAGCAAAGACAACUUGGCCUCAAGCAUUAUGACACCCAGUCACAUGCUCGUGGGUCCAGGUCACCCUGUGCAUCAACACAGACUAAGCGGGCAAAGCCUCCUCAGUCACCUUCGCAUUGAGGACGAGGAGGAGAUUUUAGAGGAAGAGGAGCUGGUCGCCGUGAUUCACCCUGGUGCUUUCCCUCGUCAUUCAUUCAGGAGUGACAUACAGCUGGAUGAAUUGGAAAUCCCCCACACAACCUCACCGCGUAGGGUUUCUAAAACUCUGGACAUGAACAUCUUAACCCCAAAUUUGCAGGUAGACAGUUACUAUCUGGAGCCUCUUAUGCCUGCUAUUCCAAAGCCAUCCAAAGAGAAGAGCACUAGCCUGAACAAGGAAGAGGAGAGUGGGGAGAGUCGCUGCCGGCUGUCUUCUGUGAAAACAGCAACAGAUGCUCCACACAAAUCACAUCAGAAAUCACCAUUAUCUGAACGCGGUAAAUACACCUUUAAGCCCAUACCUUCGGUAAAAUCGGCCCCAAACCAGGAAGGCUUGACACGCACGUCUCUACCUGAGAAGACACAACCGCAAGGCUUCUUUCUUCACUUGUCUGGGGAGUCAGACUGUCACAGUUAUCUGUCCUCUGAUGCAGAAGUAGGCCAAGACUCUGACUCAGACAUUGCAGAUUUUGAGGAAGAUGACGAGGAUGUGGACGUGAUCGAGGCAAGCAGGGGAAAAGGGAUUGGCUUACUGCGAGACUUUUCCGAAGUCGAGUCUUUUAAGUUGAGAGAAGACCUGAAGGUGCACGAACGAGACGACAAAGAAGACUGGAGUGGUCGCUCCAGCCCAUGCCUCAGUACUGCGUCCUGUGCAAGCAGCUGCAGCGCUUCGGGCAGUGUCAAGAUGACCAGCUUUGCUGAAAAAAAGCUGCUUAAACUCAGCCUUCGUGACGGGUUCUCCAGCACCAGCAGUUCGCAGAAAACAACGCCUGACCACUCUGAGAUUAAUCCCUGCCCUCCCUGGCAACUAAAGGCAGAAGGUAGCCCGGGGUGGUCAGGGAAAGACCCUUUAUUUGCUCUGAAGAAGACUAUGAUGGCAAGUCCUCCGGUAGUGCCUUCAGAGCUGCUGCAGCUCCACAUGCAGUUGGAAGAGCAAAGACGUGCUAUCGAGUACCAGAAGAAGAAGAUGGAGACCUUGUCGGCACGGCAGCGACUGAAACUUGGCAAAGCUGCCUUCUUGAACAUUGUGAAGAAGGGCGAGAGUAGGAGCGACACCCUUCCUCUUCCAAUCAAGCAUUCCCCUUUGGAUGAAGUGUCUGCUGCUCCGAAAGCAAAGAGCCCAUGCUGCAAGGAUGACUCCUGUCUUGAGGCACUGAAAGUGCAGGCUAAGGCAGAUGGAACACAGAUAAAUCGAGACAACCGAUUAAACAGCUUAGGUCAAGAUAGUGCUUCCGAAGCGGACGUGAGUGAUCGCUCUCGCUCCAUCGACCUCCUCAACGAGGCCAUCAGUGCUAUCCAGCAGCAGAUGACACAGCUCUCUUUGCAGCAAGACUUGCUGAUGAAGAAAAAUGCAGCCUCAUCUGCAGAGCCUAAAGAACCUGACCGGAAAUCAACUCCACCCACAACACAGUCCUCCACCUCGGACCCUAGAUCUUUCGACAUAAACUUUGUUGACUUUAACGACAGCAGUUGCACUCCCAGUCGCCGUCCUCCCAAGUUAAGCUCCAGCCAGCGAAGCAAACCCUCUGGGCCCAAGCAAAGCCAUAAGAAUGUCAAAGAUUUUGACACAGAAGCUGAGACCUCUCCCAAGGAAAUGACUGGUACAGGAAGCCAGGAUGGUGAGAGUUCCAGGAUGGAUAGAAACUUCAGAAGACGCACAACUUUUAGAAUCCAAAAUGACCAAGGUGUCGCCAGAGAGGAAGCUGGUCUAUCUCCUGUCAAAGCUCAGUCAGAGGACAUUACGUAUGACACCUCUGUCACCCAGUCACAUUGUGCAGAAGACAACAAGGACAACAUCACAGUGAGAGAAUUUGCUGGUGGGGAUGACAGUUUUAGGGGAAAAGGUCAGCUGAUCGAGGUUGACCUAUCAGAGCUGAAGGAGCCUGCAGGAGAUGAUAGCACGGACACCACGGAUGGCGAACAGAAGAAUGUGAUCGGCUUCUUCUUUAAGGAUGACGAAAAGGCCGAGGAUGAGAUGGCCAAACGUCGCGCUGCCUUCAUGCUAAAACAGCAGCGUAAAGCCGAGGAGGCAAGGGUACGCAAGCAGCAGCAGGAAGCAGAGAGUGAGCUCAAGCGUGACGAGGCCAGGCGUAAGGCGGAGGAGGACCGGGUUCGUAAAGAAGAGGAGAAGGCCAGACGAGAGCUGAUAAAGCAGGAGUACCUGCGCCGGAAGCAGCAGGCAUUGUUGGAAGAGCAGGGUCAGGUCAAGCCUAGGCCCAGGUUCAAAACCCGCAGGAGUAGACCCAAAUCAGUCAACCGCAGCGAGCUCAGCAGCCCUUGUAAAGGAUCCACCACACCUGAACUGAGCGGCUGCCUUCGAGGAUCCACGUUGUCUUUGGCGGACACGGACAGCGUCAUUUCUGGAGAGGCAGAGACACAGAGGGCUGAGUCAGUCUGCUCCAUGGAUUCCUUCUCUGUAAUGAGCCGAGCCUCCAGUAGGAACAUGGAACGCGACUGGGAGAGUGGAUCCAUUGCUUCCUCCAUCACUUCCAUCGAGUACAAUGGACCCAAGCUCUUCAAAGAGCCAAGCUCCAAGUCCAACAAGCCAAUCAUUAUCAAUGCCAUUGCGCACUGCUGCUUGGCUGGAAAGGUGAAUGAGGCCCAGAAGAAUGUCCUUCUGGAGGAGCUGGAAAAGUGCGAGUCCAAUCAUCUCAUCAUCCUCUUCCGCGAUGGCGGAUGCCAGUUCCGUGCAGUAUACUCAUACUCGCCUGAGACGGAGGACAUCGUCAAAUUCACGGGCACGGGCCCACGUUCCAUCGGCCACAAGAUGAUCGAUCGGCUGUACAAGUAUAGCUCGGAUCGCAAGCAGUUCAACGUCAUCCCGGCGAAGUCUGUGUCGGUCAGCGUGGAUGCGCUGACAAUCCACAACCACUUGUGGCAGGCUAAGAGGCCUAGCAGCGCACGCAGAAAAUGA